GAAAACUAUUUAUUUUAGGUUACAACUCGUUUAUUAUGAAAUACUUUGUUAUCCAAGUAUUUAAGUAUUAUGAAUGUGGAAGUAAAUAUUCUAUUUUUUGCUAAAGCUAGGGAAAUUGUCGGAAAAAAAGAUGAUUAUUUGAUAGUGGAAACACCGAUAAACUACGAUUCCUUAUUGAGUAUUAUAGUUGAUAAAUAUUCCCUUCAAGAAAUCAAAAAUAAUAUAAAACUUGCUGUAAAUAAACAAUUUGGUGAUAUCGAGGAUUCCUUUCAAUUGAAAAGUGGUGACGAAAUAGCUGUUAUUCCGCCUUUGAGUGGUGGUUAAUAUUUUUUCAUCAUGAAUUUCAUUAAAUUGACCCAUGAUAAACUAUCUCUAGAUUUAAUAUUAGAAUUGGUUUCGUCUCCUUCCUGUGGGGCUUCAUCUUUUUUUGUUGGAACAACUAGGGAUAAUUUUGAAGGGAAAAAAGUUUUAUCAUUAGAAUAUGAAGCAUAUGAAAGUAUGGCACUGAGAGGUAUGGAAGAUUUAUGUUCUGAUAUACGAAGCCAGUGGAAAACCGUAGAAAAAAUUGCAAUUUAUCACAGAUUAGGAAGUGUACCAGUUAAGGAAAGUAGUGUUAUCAUUGCUAUAUCUUCACCACACCGUGCAGAAGCAAUGAAAGCCACAGAGUGGUGCAUCGAUAACUUGAAAAAAUCUGUACCUAUUUGGAAGAAAGAAAUUUAUGAAGAUGAGGCCCCAGAAUGGAAGGAAAAUAAAGAAUCUUCCUCUGGCCCUGAACCAAAAACAAAGAAGUUAAAAUUGAAAAUUGAACAAGAAGUUGAUGUACCAUAUGCAGCACCACACUUGUUGCAAGUUAAGGCUUCUAAAGAAGAAGUUUUCAGGAGGAUACAAAAAUUGAUGGAACGUAAAAGAAGUGAAAUCAAUGUCAAUAAUAUCUCAGAAUUUUGUAGUGGUGAUAGGAACUCUGAAUUUAUUUGUGCUAGAAUAGAUGCUAAAUUGAAAAAAAGAAAAGACGCUAAAGGACAUCUUCAAGUUGACAGAGUUUUGAAUUCUUAUUAUCAAAGAGAUCAAAUGAACUCUGAUUAUUUAACAAAAUAUAUACCACCAAAUGGAAUAGAAGAACGAAUGCAGAAUUUGGAAUGUCAAUUAUCACUCACAACCCCUACACCUAAAAAUAUUUACAUUCGUUUGAAAAGUCUGGAGGAUCGAUUAUUGAAACUUGAAUCAGUUUCGCCAGAGUAUAUUCAAUUUUGGGAUAAAACAACAGAAAAAUCUACAAAACCAGUUAAGAAAAAAAUAUUCUCUAUAGAAGAAAUUGAUGCGCUUAUAAAUGAUUUGGCAAAAAAGUUGAAGAAAUGAAUAAAACAAUAUUUCUUAUGUGAAGAAAUCAUUGUUGAACUGAAGAACAUCUAGAUGCCUUCAUUGAUAAUAAAUAAGAAAAAGAACCUGAGAAAGCCCUAUACUUUUUUGAAACUUUGUGAUAACUAUAUUUUCUGCUCGUUUGGUAUUAGUACAUUCAUGAAAAAACUCAUCCCAUACUUAAUUAAAAUUAUAGUUACUUAUAGAUGUUGAUAGAUGUUUUAAAUAAAAUUGUUCAAAUCGUUCAUUUUAAAAAGGACUUUUUAUUCUACAUAUUUUACAAGUUGGAAAAAUGGAAAACAAUUUCAUUUUUUCUGUUGCUUUGUGGUACAAACAUUAGCUAUGUUUUUAUUUUGGAAAGUGAGCAAGAAACAAUAACAGCAAGAAGGACUUAGCAAAGCCACAAAUUUCUCAGCCUCAAACAAAACUUGUUGGUUUUUAAAAGUCUCUACUAGUUAGUAUUUGAUGUGCAUUAAUCAAACACAAUAAUGUUACAGGCUCAAAAAUAAGUAGUAGUUUUGUUUGUUGUAUUUCACCAGGUAAGACGAUUUUUUUAAAAUAGUUUUCUAUUAAUUAAACUCAGAUGAGAAUUAGUAUACAUAUUUUUGUUCACGAAUAGUCAUAUAAUUCUAAUAAUGAAAUAUAGAGGAUGUGUCAUCAGUUUCUCUAUACAAAACAUAUUUAAAUUUUUUCUCAUAUUAAAUGUUAUGUAUUGAGGAAAUUACAUAAAACAUUAUUACAAAUAUGAAAUGAAGAGAUCAUAUUUGAAAAUAUUUUCAUGGUUCUAACUGUAUCAUAAUUUUUAGGCAUGGUUUAAUUCUGAUUUAAAUUAAAUGUAUAACGAAAAUAAUUGAUUCAAAAUUAAAUAAAGUAAAUCAUUUUCGAAUUGUAAAUCAAUAAGGAAUAAUUUUGUCAGUGAAAUAGUGGAGAGAAAUGUGAGUAUUUCUUAUAUUUUUCAUAUGAAUUACUAUAGGUACACUUUUCUUAUUCGAAUUACACAUUUUUGUUAUUCAUUAUUUAAGCUAAUUGAGCAAUGUAUAUUCAACAGUUCACAAAAAAGAAUUGUGAAUUCAAAAAUGAUCUCUUCAUUUUUAUAGAAAUCAAAACUAAUUGCUCUAAAUGCCAAAAAACAAAGUUUAUAUUUGAAUUGAAAGUAGUGAAAUAAUAUGAAUGAACAAUUUGGCUGAUCUAUUUACAAUAUUACCAAUUAACAUAUAGCAGUUUUCACAUUUUACUUUAUAUAUAGAUGUUAUUUAGUUAUUAAACAUUCACAAUUAUUUAAAAGUACACUUGCUUAGUGAGUUGACUUUCAUUCUCUUUGUGUGGACAUUUUCAAAAUUUACGUAAGAUUUCAAUGAUGAAUAUUGCUUCAAUGAAUGGAGACAAAUUUAAUAGAAUAAAAAAAUUAGGAGUUUUAACAUUUUGAAUAAAAUCCUCUAUUCUGUAAAAUUUUCAUCUAGUGAUAAUAAAUAAUCAAAAAUCAGAGGGAGUGAUUGAAAUCAACAGAACAACAGAAUUAAAAUAUGUUGUUUCUAGUACACAUUCACAGUUAAUAUUUUAUUCAAUUACUUUACAUUAUGACAUAAAGCUUCAAUUUAAACUAAGUUUCUUGAUUCAUCAAUUCAUUAGCAAUAUUAAAGUUUAUAGCAUUCUACAGUUUAUAGCAGGUAGUUUCAAGGGGACUUGAAUAAGUAGUGGUUAUUCUUGAAUUCAUAUUUGAUUCGGACAAAAAUUCCUGAAAAUUAGUGAGCAACGAAAACUUAGGAUACCAAGGCACAAAAUUGAUGAGUAAAAUAUAAAAAUAUUCUUUAGGCAUUUUUGUACGUUCGUUGCUGCUCCUUGAAUGAAAUCUUGAAACAUAAUUGAACCAACCCACUGCACAUUGCAAAUAAGGAAAAAUCUUUAUAAUCGUUUCAUCUGAUUUUUUUUAAAGGUUGUAUUAUAGAUUGAAAGACAUAUUAAUAAGAGAAUAAAAAAUGAAAUCCCUUUCAUCUGAAUAUAAUUUGAACCCAUCAUUAAGAACAAUUUAACAAAUAUUUUCAAUUAUGUUUAUGAUAUCACGUUAAUAACAUUUCCAAACAAAAUUUCCACAGCAAUAAUCUAUACAACAAAAAAUUGGGGUUAAUAGUGGUUGGAGCUCUAACACAGAUAUUUAGGAGUACUAGUAUUCUACCAACCCACUUCAAGUAUCACUCUUACAGUCUUCAAGAGAAAGCCCUUCAACUGGAUAAAAUUAAGCUUCUCACUUUUCAAUGGCGACCCAAAUUCAGUAUGAAAUUUAAUGCUUUUCUUGUUGAAAGUCAAUGGAGUUAACAGUUUUACAAAAUGAUGUAUUGAUCCAAUAUUCUCC